AUGGAGAUUACGCCAAAUAUGUCGCAAAGAUCAAGAUCUAGAUCAAGAUCAAGGACACGUAACCUGAGCAAUACUUCUAGGUCAACGAGCUCUACAAGAAGACCCUCAUUUGGUUCAAGACGAUCCUUGAGCUCGUCUUCACUAACCAAACUCCAAGUAACUCCGACUCCGUUUGAGCCUGAUAGGUUCAUUCCAACGGUGCAAGCUCAUCUAGAUAACUCUCUUCCUUCGGAUUUUUUUAAGCAAGAUAUUUUAGGACUCGUCAAGGCUUUGAAGAUUUCAAAAUGGCACAAGCAUGAAUUAAAUCCAGCUCAUUUGUUGGCAACUAGAAUAUCAGGCGCUUUAACGAACUCGAUAUAUAAAUUGGAGUACCGGGAUCUACAGCAAGACUUAUCUUUACCUUCUCUUUUGUUAAGGGUAUAUGGAAAAAAUGCAGGCUCUAUCAUCGACAGAGAUCUGGAAUUGAAAAUCUUAAUUAAACUUAAUCAAAAGAAAAUUGGGCCUCGUCUUUUAGGUAUAUUCACUAAUGGGAGGUUUGAACAAUUUUUAGAAGGAUUCAUAACCCUUAACAGAGAUCAAAUUAGAGAUGAAGUGAUCUCCCAAAUGAUCGCCAGAAGAAUGAAAGACUUGCAUUAUCAGAUCAAAUUAAGCUCAGCAGAUAAAGAAUCUGAAUUUCCUAUGUCAUGGAAACUAAUUUAUAAAUGGUUGGACAUUUUAGAGAGAGAUUAUAUACCUGGCUUCAGAGAGCAUGGCUUGAGGGAAGAAGAUUUGUUUUUUGUUAAUUUUCAGAAAUUCAAACAAUUAAUAGAGCAUUAUAGGGAAUGGCUAUUUAAUAAAUAUCAAGAUGAUAUUUCAGGAAAUUUUAAAUUUUGUCACAAUGAUACUCAAUAUGGUAACUUGUUGUUACAUGAGUCCUUUUCGCCGUCAGAAAUCGUAGUUCAAAAUCCACCUAAAGAGGAGGAUAAGAAUAUUGUACUCAAAGCAACUUCCAAUAAGAAGGAUAACUAUUUAGCGGUUAUUGAUUUUGAGUAUUCAGGUCCUAAUUUGCCAGCCUAUGACUUAGUAAACCACUUUUCUGAAUGGAUGGCCGACUACCACGAUCCAGAAAAAUCGUACUAUAUUGAUGAAAAACAGUAUCCAUCAAUGGUCCAGCGGUUGAAUUUCAUCAAGAGCUACGUUGAAUACGACUUCAGGUAUCCUUCCUCCAAUUUAAAAACUAAGGAUUCUCCAGACGUUAGUUCGGCAAGCGCAAGUGAAUUGAUAGAAUUCGAAAUCAAGAAAAUCUAUAACGAGUGCAUUUUAUGGAGGCCCACUGUGCAACUUUUUUGGUGUCUCUGGGGUUUACUUCAAAAUGGAUCCACUCAGCCGACUUAUGUCCCAGGGUCCGAACAAGGUGUCGAUGGAACUUAUAAUAUUACUACGGCAGUUGAAGGUUUAAACUUUAAUGAUAAUGCCAUUUUGGAAGAGAUGACUUCCUCUGAUGAUGAUUUUAAUUAUCUCAAAUAUGCUCAACAAAAAGCUGCCUUGAUCAUUGGUGACUUCAUUAAUUUUGGAUUUGUAGAACAAGAUGAUACUGAAGAGAAGCUCCAAGACAUUAUCAAAAACUUGGAUACUGAGCUCUACGAAAUAUGA